AUGCGUCCGACACCAGCUUUACGGCUACAGGCCACUCGCAUCCUGCGUGGUGGUCACGGCCCUGAUCCGAAGAAUGGAGUCUAUAUGGGCUGGUGGGGGAGCUUGGGCUCGCCGACACAAAAGAACAUCGUCACAUACACAGUGUCGCCCAACCGACUGAACCCCACCCACCAUAUCGUUUCCGACGCGAUUUUCAAUACCUUCCGCCGCACUCGCAACCAGAUCCUCUACUGGGUUCCUCCCUUGAUGAUUGCCUAUUUGGUCAUGGAUUGGGCCAUCGAGAGGAACGAAUACCUCAACUCGAAACCAGGCCGAGCAGAGUUUGGGGAGUAA